AUGGAUCCAACGAUCAUCUCUGAUCUGGAAAAGCAAAGGGUUAUGCGUAGAGAGUAUGAGGAAUUGUGUGUGGGUCACAUCAAGAACUCACUGUCUGAUCGAAUCUAUGAUCUUUAUGCGCCGGUCAAAGAUUUGAGAGAGCUAUGGAGUGCUUUGAAACUCAAGUACAAGGCACAUGGGGAAGGUACCAGCAAGUACCUAGUGUCAAAGUACCUAGAGAUUCAAAUCGCUGAUGACAAACCUAUCAUGGAGCAUGUGCAUGAACUCCAGCUCAUGGUCAAUAAGCUGAACGCGCUCUCCAUCUCGAUACCAGAAUUCUUUCAGGUUGGUGCAAUCAUUGCAAAAUUACCACCCUCUUGGAAAGACUUCUCUAAGAGAAUGAUGCACAAAUCUGAGUACCACUCCUUGGAUGAUCUGAUGAAACACCUUCGCAUUGAGGAGGAAACUCGCAUCAGGGAAAAGCAAGGUAAAGUCGGAUCGAGUGUGCAUCAUGUGUCAGCUGGGGUUCUGGUUAUAAGACCAAGUCUGGGGGAAAAACAAAAGAAACUUGGGACCCAAGAAACAAAGCUUCAAGAAACCAAGUCAUCAGAAUCCUAA